AUGGGUGAAAUAACAACGGAACAAAACCAAAGACACUGCGGUCACUUAAGAAAAGUCCUCGAACGUCCCGGUCCAUUUUGCCAUCCAGAUUUUGAACCUUCACCGGAUAUAUUGGACUUUAUUUCCAACAACUGCAAAAUUAUCGUCAUCGGUGCCGGCGGUUUAGGAUGCGAACUCCUCAAGGAUUUAGCCCUGAUGGGUUUUAAACACAUUCAUGUCAUCGAUAUGGACACCAUCGAGUUAUCCAACUUAAACCGACAGUUUCUCUUCCGCACCAAAGACAUAGGCAAGUCCAAGGCAGAAGUUGCAGCGAAAUUUAUAAACACCAGAGUGGCUGGCUGUCAAGUGGUGCCACAUUUUUGCAAGAUUCAAGACUAUGAUGAAACAUUCUAUAAACAAUUCCACAUUGUUGUAUGUGGAUUGGAUUCAAUUGUCGCCCGGCGCUGGAUGAACGGCAUGUUAAUUUCUAUGCUGAAUUAUGAAGAUGGUGUUCUGGAUCAGUCCAGUGUGAUACCAAUGGUUGAUGGUGGCACAGAAGGAUUCAAAGGAAAUUUAAAAGUUGUUCUGCCUGGCAUGAGUGCAUGCAUUGAAUGCACAUUAGAUUUAUAUCCACCUCAAGUUAAUUAUCCACUCUGUACUAUUGCUAAUACACCAAGAUUACCAGAACAUUGUAUUGAAUAUGUCAAAGUGAUACAAUGGCCUAAAGAGAAUCCUUUUAAUGCUUCAAUUGAUGGUGAUGAUCCUCAGCAUAUUACAUGGAUCUAUGAGAAGUCUACAGAAAGAGCUAAUCAGUUUAAUAUUACUGGAUUAACAUAUAGACUUGUGCAGGGAGUUGUGAAAAAUAUUAUUCCUGCUGUUGCUUCCACCAAUGCUGUUAUUGCAGCUGUUUGUACAACAGAGGUUUUUAAAAUUGCAACCAGUUGUUGUGUGCCAAUGAAUAACUACAUGGUUUUCAAUGAUGUAGAUGGAAUUUAUACUUAUACUUACGAAGCAGAAAAGAAAGAUAAUUGCCUGGCAUGUUCAAAUAUACCUCAGCAGCUUGAAAUUCCCGAUCCAUAUAAGAUGAAACUAAAAGAUCUCAUUCAAGUCCUAUGCGAAAGUGCAUCGUAUCAAAUGAAGAAUCCCGCCUUAACAACUAGUGUCAACGGCAAGAAUCGUACUUUAUACAUGAGCGGCAUCAAAAGUAUUGAGGAACACACGAAAGAAAAUUUGAACAAAUCGUUGGUUGAUUUAGGUUUGGAAGAUGGCGCCGAAAUAAUGGUGGCGGAUGUGACAUCUCCGAAUACAGUGGCGUUGAUUCUGAAAUAUUUAAACAAAGAUGCACCUAUGGAUAAUUAGAAUAUGUUAUAAUACGAACCUGUGUUAGUUUUAAAUUUGUAUUUUGGUAUUUAAUCACAAGACACUUAUUUAAUUAUU